UUGGUAUUUCCCAUGUGCGAUAAAUUUAUACGAUCAAAUGUGAACCACGAUGGUUCCUGGAAGAAGGAAGAGAUUUGCAGCAACAGAGCGUUAUAAAAAGGCGAAGCAAGAGGGAAGACAACAGAUAACAAAUUGUGAAGAAUGGGAAGCGAAGGAAGAUCGAUUGCGAGGAAGCCAAGGUUUUUGUGUCUCCAUGGAUUUCGUACGAGCGGAGAGAUAAUGAAGAUACAGCUUCAUAAAUGGCCUAAAUCUGUAAUUGAUAGACUCGAUCUCGUGUUUCUCGAUGCACCUUUUCCUUGUCAAGGCAAAUCUGAUGUCGAAGGCAUCUUUGAUCCUCCUUAUUACGAGUGGUUUCAAUUCAACAAGGAAUUCACCGAGUAUACGAAUUUCGAGAAAUGUUUGGAGUACCUGGAGGAUCGUAUGAUCAAGCUUGGUCCUUUCGAUGGUCUCAUUGGGUUUUCCCAGGGUGCAAUUUUGUCUGGGGGUUUACCAGGACUGCAAGCUAAGGGAAUUGCAUUUCAGAAAGUACCAAAGAUUAAGUUUGUUAUAAUCAUUGGAGGAGCUAAGCUCAAAUCCGCCAAAUUGGCCGAGAAUGCAUAUUCGUCUUCCUUGGAAACUCUCUCCCUCCACUUUUUAGGUACAUUCUGCAAAAGCUGAUUUGAAAAUUCUUCAAAACCUUGUUCAUUGAUGAUCGAGAAUCUGAUAAAUGGCUUGUUUGUUGCAGGAGAGACUGAUUUUCUGAAACCUUACGGAACUCAGCUGAUAGAAUCGUACAAGAAUCCGGUGGUUGUCCAUCAUCCCAAAGGCCAUACUGUCCCAAGGCUUGAUGAGAAAAGCUUGGAGAAAGUUACCGCAUUUAUCGAUACCUUAGAGCAUCUGGUGAUGGAGGAAGACAAGAAUGGUGAAGAAAAUACUAGUAAGCCAACAAAAUAGAUAAGCUUAAAAUGUUAUGUAUAACGAAUAAUUCUUUGGAUAAUAAUCGUGCAAUGACUGUAAAUAAAUCUGGCAAUGUUUGCGAAAAAACAAUUAUUACAACACAAACAAUAAUAGACGAUUCUUUCGUU